AGCGAGUGUUUACUUUUAACAGGAAAUGAUGUCAUAUAUUUUUAAACAAUCCACGGCGCGCUGGGUUAAGACAUUGUUUUCUUGAAGCAUAUAAUAAAUAACCUGUUUCAGCUAAACGGAUUCAUCUACAGCUCUCCUGCGCUCAUUUCGGCGAGUAACAGGAUGGAGCUUCAGAAGAUUAUUCAUGAUGCACUGCAUGACUUUGUCCGGUCGCACAUACCGCAUGCAGAUCUAAGCACACUGGAUGAUGUACUGCUUUCCUACAUCACUGGUAUGCUGGAAGAUUUGGGCUCCCAAUCAAGUGUUGAAGAAAACUUUGAUGUUGAGGUUUUUGUUGAGAUGCUUGAAGCUUAUAUUCCAGGCUUUUCCAGCAUUGAUUGUGUUCAGAUCUGUGAAAUGAUGUUUAGCUUGGCCUCGAAAUUGGCCUCAGCACGGAAUGAAGGGUCUUUUGCAUUUAAGCCAGAAGAAGGGAAUUGUUCCUUGACUCCUGCUACAGAGCAAAGAGUACCCAUGCAAAAGACACAAAGCCAUUCAUCACACGUAGAGGGAGCCACAGCCAAGGUAAGCACUUCAGAGUGGGAUGAACAGGAACAGCACCUUCUGGAGAUGUUUCCUAAGUGUAGCGUGACAGAAGCCAGAAGUGCAUUAUCUAUUGCUAAAGGAGACAUGGAGGAAGCUGUUCGACUCAUCAUAGAGGGAGACGUGCAGCUCAAUCCCGCCCCACCCCUCAGCGGAAGCCAGGGGAAGACGGUUUCUGCACAGGCUGAUAAGAAGCUUAAAGCAAAUAUUUUGGAAAAAUACAUGUUGAUAGAUAGCGAGGAAGAUAAGAAAAUACACAGACCAUUCGUUCCAAAAGAUGCUCCAAAGAAGUUGGUGCGUUACCAUAGCAAUCAAGUGGUGACUACCAAGGGAGAGCGCUACCAUCUGGUCAAGAAAGAUGAAACAGAGGACAUGAAAAAGACUUAUGUUAGCCUUAAACCAGCACGCAAAUACCGCUUUCAUUGAUGAUCUCUGUACAUUUACACAUCUGGUUUUUACAUUUUAUUUAAGACAGGUGUGAUUUGGCCAGGAUGCGAGCUUUAACUUGAGUUCAAAUUUUUGGCCAACACCAGUUCUCUUUCACUCCUUCUGACUGCCAAGGGUGGUUAAACUUGUGUGUGUGUUUUUAUGUUUCGAGACCUUCCAGAGUUGCAUAGUGGAAGCUACCACUAAUUUUUUUUUUCUUCAUGUGCAUGACUUGCUCUCCAGUGUUCGCAACGGCCACCUCUUCCACAACACUGAGUUUACUUCUUGUGUGUUAUGAGUAGUUUUCAUAUUGUACUAGUGUUACUACCGUGUAUCACUCACUGCACUGAUUUAUACCUUAAAAUAGGUCACAGUCCAUACCAAACUACCAGGCCACUGUUCUGUAAGGAUAUGAAGUUGUUUUUGACCCCAGACAUCUUCUGUGGUAACUGCACCAAUCUUGAUGUUGACGUAACCCAUUAAACCAGCAGAUUUAGUGCCUCGUUCAGAGAUGAAUCUGGCCCAAGCCCUGUAGUGUACACAGCUUGCUUGCUGCAAAUACCCACAUCUAGCAAUGGCUGAUAAGCACAAUUAAGCAAUCUGAGCUGCUCUUUAAACGAAUUAACAACUUUGCAAGCAGACGUGACUCUGCCAAAAUCAGCUAUUGAGUAGCUGAGACAGUACAACUCAUAGUCUCUCUUUUUUUUAAUAAAUAAAUAAAAUGUCAGUCCUUACAGUUUACUGACCAGUCAUCCUUUUUUGUUUGUUAACAGGGGAGUGCAAAGAAGCUGUAUCUAUCCUGAGCUGGAGGCCAACUUGCUAGAGAUAACUUAAGCUAAGAAGAGUUUUAGAAUUACAUGCUCUGGCAAUAAGCUCACUUUGCAGGAGUGACCUUGUGGUUGAAUCUAGGAUAUCUACUUGAGUUCAUAUAACCCAGUUGUUGGAUUGGUGGCUUGACCUUGCCACCUUCAAUGGAGGUGAGCCUGCUAGCUUUGGUUGCUACACGCCCAACAAUAUUGUCGGUAAAAACAGUUCGUGAACACCUGAUUAGUAGAGAAAAGACACCCCUGUUGUAAACAUCUAGGCUCACAGGUUGGUUGACAUCAUAUUAUUGCCCUUAAAACGGCUGGACAUCCAUCCAUGGUUGUUAUGUGGCACUCGACUAGGCAGGUCUCUUCAUCUAUGGGCAUUAUAUCGAUAUUACUCCUAGAAGUCUGUGCUGCUGUUACUAAAGGGACAGCAUCAUGCACCUUCUCUAGGUUGUACAGUGUGACACUAGAGGUGUGAUUGCCAGGCUCAUCUCUGAGCACUACUGAGGACAGUCUUGUAUAUGAAAAUGUAUUUGCUAGCCAGAUGAUUCCCACCCCUCUUGUUUAGGUGGGUUGAACUAGAAUCUAGUUACAUAUAUAACCGCUUCUAUUAAUCCCAGUCAAACCGCACGUUUCUUUGUCAAUUGUAAAUAAUGAGAUUUUUCAAGUAGGUAAAGAUGACUGUAUUAUGGCGGUAUUUAUUGUAAACUCUGCAUCAUGUAUCUCUAUGUGACAUUGUACAGUGCUGGCCUGUGAGUCUACUUGAUCAAGAAGGCCACAAGAUGUUUCCCACUGCUCCUGGUGGUUAUCCAGGGUUCAUAUAUAAAGAGUAUGUUCGGGGCAGUGUAUGUUGGGCAUGCAGUUUAAAAUCUGAUUAUGUGGUAAUGAAAUGUUUUAGUCUGUAAUACAUGCUGCUAAAUGGUUGUUCUGUUCUAAAAAAAAAAACAAACAGGACAACGGUUUCUGCCUCAAGCAGAUUUAAUGUCUAAAGGAAAAAUAUUACACACUGCAUUUUUGCUCCUGAUAAAAACAUCUUACCGUUACAUUUUUCAUUAAUUUUUGUAGUUUUAAUUUACACCGGAUCUGUAUACUAAUUCCGCUCUUCUCUGUUAGAAGUGUUAUGUACUUCGGUGCUUACAGGUCUGCAUGGUUUCAUGUAAUUCAUGUUCACUGUUCAUAGUAGUACAACAGGAACCCUGGUGUAUUAACAUUUGUUACAAGGUGUCAUUUGUGCUCAGGUUAUGAAGUUCCUCAAGAAGAGGUGAAAUCCACUAACUCCACAACUGUUCAAACAUGUCAAAAUCUUUAUUUUUGCUGUAUGGUUAACAAAAAUAUGGAUGUAAACUUU